AUGCAACAAGAACAACAAAGUAACAGAAAUGAAAAACCAUCAAUAAUAACAGAAUAUAAUCAAGAACCUAUAGAAAUAGGAAUAAACCAAGAUACUAACUCACCAUAUUUAAAACCAAUAACCAAUAGACCUAGAACACCCAAUUAUAAAGGAAAAACAUCAGAUUAUGGAUACAGAAAUGAAAAUAGAGAAAUUAACAUAUUAGAAACAAAACUA